UCCUUAAUGUCAGAUUCCGGUGAAAAUCAACAGCCUGAACAAGUCUGCAACUUUUUCAGAAAGCCGUCAAGGAAUAAAAACAUCAGAAAACGAACAGUUGAUGAAGAUGAAAAAGAGGAUUCAAAAACAGAAGGCUCAUUCUUACACUGUCAGAAGAAAACCAUAAAAUCCAACAAUAAGCUGUAUUUUGCUACUGGAUCCUCUAAGAACAAAAUGUCUAUUGAAGCAAAAGAAGAUUCUGAGAAGCCAAUUUUUCAGUUUGAGUCUUCAAAGGAAAUUCAAGUUGAACAUGAUAGCAGAGCGACAGCGACUCUAGAAACUGAGACCGAGUUCUCAAGAGAUGCUCGUGCAUUGCGUGAGAGAUCUCUUAAGCAAGCAGAGGAGGCUUUAAAGGGGAGAGGAAAAAGCUCUGGGGAUGAAAAGUUGUAUAAAGGCAUUCAUGGAUAUACCGAUUACAGAGCUGGUUUCCGAAGAGAGCAAACAUUUGCUAGUGAGAAAGCUGGUGGGGCACAUGGGCCUUUGAGGGCUUCUGCUCACAUACGAGUUUCUGCAAGAUUUGAUUAUCAACCAGACAUAUGUAAGGAUUCCAAAGAGACUGGUUACUGUGGGUAUGGAGAUACCUGUAAGUUUAUGCAUGAUCGAGGGGAUUACAAGUCUGGAUGGCAAAUGGAGAAGGAGUGGGAUGAAGCAGAGAAAGCGAGGAAGAGAAAUCUAGCUUUGGGAUUAGAUGAUGAAGAUGAUGGCGGUGUAGACCCUGGUGAGGAAGAUGAUGAAGAUGAUUCAUUGCCCUUUGCAUGUUUCAUUUGCAGGCAGCCUUUUGUUGAUGCUGUUGUAACCAAGUGCAAGCACUAUUUCUGUGAGCAUUGCGCAUUAAAGCAUCAUGCGAAGAACAAGAAAUGCUUUGUUUGCAACAAACCUACUCUUGGCGUUUUCAAUACAGCUCAUGAGGUACGCAAAAGGAUUGCUGUGGAGGGUAAAUAAUGGUUGCUCGGAUGUUCGUCGUGCUCUUUGGUUUGUAACUUAUUGGAAUGAAUAUUUUGUAUUUUUGUUUUUGCUUUUGUUAGCAUUUGGAAGAGGAAGUUUCCUUCUCAGUCUCUCUUUUUCCUGGAAAAUUGUAAACUGUUUGGGGAAAUUCUCUUUAAAUAGAGAUCUUACUGAAGUAAAGUAAUUUAAGUAUG